UGGUAUUCGCGCGUUGCAUUGUGGGACACAGAGUAACAUGGAAGCGGCCACGGAAAGCACGUCGCCAAGUCAAUAAUAUAAACAUUUUAACUCCCAGUUAUUGGUUUACCUUCAUUCUUGGAAGAAUAAAAAAAACUGGGAAAAGGUGGUUGCAGCGCUUGAGAGCAGAGAAGUGAGGACAUGUCUCUACUAGGAGGCUUGCUGAGGGCUGGGGCGUCCUUGUGUCAGUCUGCUGGGACUCUGCUGUACACAGCCAGGAGCGUUUCCACAGGGACAUGCUGUCGGAUAAAGAUGCAUGCCAUUCCUCAGCCAAAGCAGGUCGACAGGUGGACUGAGAAGAGGAGCAUGUACGGAGUUUAUGAUAACAUCGGCAUCCUAGGGGACUUUAAAGCUCAUCCCAAAGACCUGAUUGUUGGUCCCUGCUGGUUGAAAGCUUUUAAAGGGAAUGAACUGCAGCGUGCGAUCAGAAAAAAGAGGAUGGUGGGAGACAGAAUGAUGACUCUGGACAGACACAACUUGGAGAAGAGGAUCCGCUUCCUCUACAAGCGCUUCAAUCGCACUGGCAAAAAGCGCUAACGCUGAUCAAAGUAUAAAACCAAAUGCAUCAGAUCAGCCUUUAAAGACUGCCAUGAGUUCAGCUUUGAUUUAAUUCUGUUACUGAUCUUUGUAGGAGAAAUAUUUCAUUGUUUCACACUUGCUGGUUUUUAACUUACCAGAAAAAAUAACAACUUUCAACCAUCGAAUAGUUAAUAAAAACCUGAAAAUAUAUAAUAAAUAUGGCCUAGAGUACCGCACUGUUCAUUACUUAUUUCUCCUAAUGAUGUUGAUCUAAUUUACUCUAUGAACAAAGACAAGUUCUGCCAUUACCUUAGUUUAAGGGGCUCAAAUAGUCAAAGUUUAAAAGGUAGAGGUGCCACUAAAUAAACACAAUCAGAUAAGAUGAUCAUUGAGAAUUAUCUGAAGUCAAACUGUCAAAGUUUGAAGUCAAACUGAUUUUUUUUAUUAUAAUUUUCCAGUCAGUACACUGCAUGGUGAAAAAAGACUGAACAAUUGUACGUCUGAACUGGAUCAUACUGAUUAUUUUAUUUAAAUUACACUCAUUAGUGACAUUCAUUAAAAAAAUCAAUCACACAGUCAAAAAUGAUUUAGGAUAUUUUGUUCACAUACAUGUUAAGAUAUAUUGAUUCUAAUUAACACCAACUGAAACCACCAAGAGAUUUUAGAGGGUUGUUUGGUAAAAUGCAUUUUAUUUUUUAAUUUCUUCAAAACAUUUCCUGUCAGAUUUUUGUGUGCUGUUUAUCUCAGAAAAAGACCGUGGACAGUGCUCUGAUGGAACUUUGCAGAACGCAUGCAGAGUUUUUGUUCCCGUUUCUGCACGAUUCAGCCUGGAUUUUGGGAUCCUCUUCCUAUAAGUUUGCUUAAGGAAAAUACUGCUCCAUGAAAAUAUAAAAAAUGUUAGGUCCUGGCUGGAGUGCUGUUUCUGGCUCAGCCACAAGAGCAUCCGCGAGUUCAGUCACAAAAACAAUGAGGCCUUUUCAGUUAAUCCAAGAGAUGAAUGAUGACAUCAAACUGGUUAUAAAUGCAGGCCGGCCAAGCUCCUCUUCACACGUCUAUUAGUAGGACCAUGUCCAAGCAGAUUAAACUCAUUCAUCUAUUUAAUAAAUGGGAAUCUGUAUGACAGGA